AUGGCCGAGACAAAAGAUAUUCCUCCUGGGUCGUACAUGCUAGAACUCGGAAAAACAUUCACUGAUCAGCGGCGGAACGAUGGACCGUCCUACCACACUUUGCGAUAUGAUUUCAAACCGAUGUCGGUAGCGUCUUCGGAUUCUGAUACGUACAUUGCGUUCGGAGCAAAUGGUGAUGUCCAUGUUGCUGUACCAACUGAUGGCGAGAACAUGACAGUGUUCAAAGGAUCAAAGAAGGAAGCAAAAGCUAAAGAAUGCCUGCUGUUCUUCGACAAAAAAACUGGGAAGGUUCGACUGGAAAAAAUAGCUUCCAAUAUUAAUGUGAAGAAAACAAGGGAUUUGGACCCAUCGACAGAAAGCGUUCUACGAUCCGAAAUGGCCCGUUUACGGACUGAUCGCAUUGAACGUCCACCUCCUCCUGAGCCAAGCAGCUCUUCAUUCCCAGGAGCUGAUAGCAGCAGUUCUUCCGACUCUUCAAGUGAUGAUAGCGACAGCGACAGUGGAUCCGAUGAUGAGGGUAUGGCCGAGACAAAAGAUAUUCCUCCUGGGUCGUACAUGCUAGAACUCGGAAAAACAUUCACUGAUCAGCGGCGGAACGAUGGACCGUCCUACCACACCUUGCGAUAUGAUUUCAAACCGAUGUCGGUAGCGUCUUCGGAUUCCGAUACGUACAUUGCGUUCGGAGCCAAUGGUGAUGUCCAUGUUGCUGUACCAACUGAUGGCGAGAACAUGACAGUGUUCAAAGGAUCAAAGAAGGAAGCAAAAGCUAAAGAAUGCCUGCUGUUCUUCGACAAAAAAACUGGGAAGGUUCGACUGGAAAAAAUAGCUUCCAAUAUUAAUGUGAAGAAAACAAGGGAUUUGGACCCAUCGACAGAAAGCGUUCUACGAUCCGAAAUGGCCCGUUUACGGACUGAUCGCAUUGAACGUCCACCUCCUCCAGAGCCAAGGAAUACAGCAGUUCCUUCCGACUCUUCAAGUGAUGAUAGCGACAGCGACAGUGGAUCCGAUGAUGAGGAUCGAGGCAAGAAUCGUCAUGAUUCGAACUCAAGUAUGGCUGACAGUGAUGUUGAAAGCCAUCUUCUCGAAAGCAUGAAGACGUCAGCUGCUCCUUCCACAACAUUUUCCGUAGAAAGCAUUGAUAUGCCAUCGCUCGACUCCAUUUCGCAACCACCACCUGUCAAUACUUCUCUGCAAAAUAGCUUUGGUUCAAGGCACACCGCAAAAACAGAUCAUCGAGAUCUUGGUUUGAAUCUGAGUGAAAGUUCCGACGAUGAUGAAUGA